CGUAGGCAAGUCAGACUUGAGGAGCUUGACUUUGGGACCGUCUCUCUCUGGCCCUCCAUGUCAAACAGAAGGGACUGAGAGCUUUACUGCACUGACUGACAAGUGGUUUUCCCCCAGGUGUAUGGCCCCUUCCUGUCGGACGAUGAGCACUGUCCAAGGCACUCACAACCAGGGGAUUAAAGAGCACAGAGACUCCGAGGCGGCAGCCAAGGGGCGAGACUGCAGCGACGCUUCCCUCAUGGACUCGAAUGGAUGUAACUCUCAGAUUUCCAGCCUCCCGUUCAGUGUGGAAUCCUUGAUCUCAAAGCGAAAGCCCUUCAGGAGCCAGGGCUCCCCCUCAGAGCCCUCAGUGCUUGCCGUCACCUCCUCCGCUUUAAAGGAGGAAAGCUCUUCCUCCUCCAGGACUUACUACCCUGGGGAAGACUUGCAGCAUUUACCCGAGAAUUCUUCUUCGCACGAACCCGAAAACCUUAGCCACAAGGAGCAAUCCACUUGGGUUCAAAACAAUUCUUCAUAUUCACCGCCUCCAAGACACCCUAGCCCGCCCCCGUGCACCCUGAGGAAACACAAAAACAACAGGAAGCCUAGAACCCCCUUCACAACGUCGCAACUGCUGUCGCUGGAGCGCAAGUUCCGCCAGAAACAGUAUUUGUCGAUCGCGGAGCGGGCAGAGUUCUCCAGUUCUCUCAACCUGACCGAGACCCAAGUGAAGAUUUGGUUUCAGAACCGGCGAGCGAAGGCGAAGAGGCUACAGGAGGCCGAACUGGAGAAACUCAAACUGGCCGCCAAGCCGUUGUUACCUUCUUUCGGCCUGCCGUUCCCUCUGGCCUCCCAUCUCACUUCUCCCAACUUGUAUGGACCGUCUAACGCUUUCCAACGGCCUGCUCUUCCAGUGCCGGGACUGUUCACCGCCCCGGUCACAUACGGAAUGUAUUAUUUGUCGUAAAUUGUCGGAGAGACUAGCCCCUUUCCGUCUCUUAGACAUUGAUGUCUGAGAGGCGACUGGGCAGAACCAGAGGGGGAAAGAAGCGUCAUUCAGGGAAUUCCAGAAUCACUGCAACCCUCCCUCACAUUGACUUGUUUAUAUCGAAACUGGGUUGUUAACCCAUUUAGUCAUUCCUUUUCUCUGUUAAAAGUGCAAUUAAAGUUCAUCGAAAUAUACAGAAUAAUUUAUACAGAAAUCUCAGUCUCUGCAGAUCAAAACAAAAUCUGAAUUCUAUAAAAAGUGGGUGAUAAAACCGCUAUUUGAUAAAGCUGCCAUUUGAUCUAAAGCACCAUGGCUUCAUUGAUUGAUACAGUGGACGUAUGAACCUAGCAGCCUGCAUUUAGUCCUGAUUCUCGCUGUGAAUUGAGGGGGAAAGAAAGCGCGUCGGAUUCUCUUUCAACAAUCAUAUUGGACGUUCGUCCUAGUCCCUGUAACCUUUUUGCAUAUCUCGCGGGCGAUGUCGCUGAACCAUUGUGUGUAAGAAGUGACCUGGGUACAGGCCGCGACACAGACAGAGAGACGGGGAGACUUUUGCUCAUCAGAAUGGAGAGCGCUAUGACUUGGCACUGUCAUUUUCAACAACAAAAAAAAAUUGUCAAACUCUAAAGCAGACCCUUUGGAGAGGGAAAGUUGCACUGUACGGCCAGCUUUCUGUUCGAUUGAGGAAUUGCUCAUCUGUUUUCGAUCCGCCUUCACUUCCUAAUGCUAUGUAUAGACUCGUGUAAAUACAGAAAUGUAUCGAUGGGUCUGGGACUGGCUUGAGUUUGAUUUGGGACUUUGGUUUCGCAGCCGUGGCAUUUCUGAAUCAGACCAGCCCAGCCUGAAGAUUGUUUACCAAUAUUUAAAUAUAUAAGUGCAUUUAAAAUACGUUUUCUUAAAAAAAACUGUUUACAUUUUCUUAAAUGGUGUACAGUUUAUUGUAUGUGCAGAUGGUAACAUGGGUCACGAGGAUUUCACGUGUUUUUGUACAUUGAUGAUCAAAUAAACUCUCUAAUUGUUC